AGUGAAGAGGAGAAGAUGGCGGCGCGUGGAGGCUUUCAAUCUGCGGCGCCCGGAGCUGGAGGAGCCGGUGGAGGAGGUGCCGGUGGAGGAGGAGGUGGUAGCAGCGGCGGCGGCGGAGGCGGUGGUGGUGGAGGAGCUGGAACUGGGGGAGGUGGAGGAGGAAUGGGACCUGGACCACCGGUACCCGGUGCAGGACCGGGCAUGGGCCCAGGAACACCAGCUGGGAGGAUGGGACCCGCGGGCGCGCAGAAUCACCUGUACCGCUCCCCGAUGGCUGGGCCCGGUUACCCGAGACCUGGAAUGCCCCCGGCCAAUCGAAUGACUCCCCAGGGCCCGUCCAUGGGGCCUCCAGGCUAUGGGGCCAGCCCAGUGUCUCGCCCAGGCAUGCCAGUUAUGGAUCCCUCACGCAAGAGACCGGCUCCAACACAGAUCCAGCAAGUCCAGCAGCAGAACCGCAACCAACAUGCCAAGAAAAAGAAAAUGGCAGAUAAAAUUCUACCUCAGAGAAUCAGAGAGCUUGUUCCAGAGUCUCAGGCUUACAUGGAUCUGCUGGCCUUUGAGAGGAAGCUGGAUCAGACCAUUAUGCGUAAGAGGCUCGAUAUCCAAGAAGCACUAAAGAGACCCAUCAAGCAAAAGAGAAAGCUGCGCAUCUUUAUCUCCAACACUUUCAACCCUGCCAAACCUGAUGCUGAGGAUGGCGAGGGCACCGUAGCAUCGUGGGAGCUACGAGUGGAAGGACGACUGCUUGAGGAUACUGCUGUAUCCAAAUAUGAGGCCACCAAGCAGAAAAGGAAGUUCUCUUCUUUCUUCAAGUCUUUAGUAAUUGAGUUGGACAAAGACCUGUAUGGGCCUGACAAUCAUUUGGUAGAGUGGCACCGAACACCUACUACUCAGGAGACUGAUGGCUUCCAGGUGAAAAGACCAGGAGAUGUUGGGGUGCGCUGUACUGUCCUCCUAAUGCUGGACUACCAGCCACCUCAGUUUAAGCUGGACCCCAGACUGGCCCGUGUGCUGGGCAUCCACACCCAGACCAGGCCAGUGAUUAUCCAGGCUCUGUGGCAGUAUGUGAAGACCCACAAACUACAGGACCCGCAUGAGCGCGAGUUCAUCAAUUGUGACAAGUACCUCCAACAGAUCUUUGAGACCCAGAGAAUGAAGUUCUCUGAGAUUCCUCAGCGCCUGCAUGCUCUACUGAUGCCCCCGGAGCCAAUAAUCAUUAACCAUGUAAUAAGCGUGGACCCCAAUGACCAGAAGAAGACUGCUUGCUAUGACAUUGAUGUUGAAGUGGACGACACUCUUAAGACUCAGAUGAACUCCUUUCUGCUGUCAACAGCUAGUCAGCAGGAGAUUGCAGGCUUGGAUAACAAGAUCCAUGAGACCAUUGAAACCAUCAAUCAGCUGAAGACUCAGAGGGAGUUCAUGCUGAGCUUUGCCCGUGAUCCUCAAGGUUUCAUCAAUGAUUGGCUGCAGUCACAGUGCAGGGACCUCAAGACAAUGACUGAUGUAGUUGGAAACCCAGAAGAAGAGAGAAGAGCGGAGUUCUACUUCCAGCCAUGGGCUCAAGAGGCUGUAUGUCGCUACUUCUACUCCAAGGUCCAGCAGAGAAGACAGGAGCUGGAGCAGGCUUUGGGUAUCAGGAACACUUAAGCAAGAAUGGACACCCAGGAGGAUGGGAGCCGGGCGAGGCUGCCGGAUGGUGAAAUUUGUGCCAGUGCUGUUGGGUUGCCAUCUCUUGGUUGCUAAUCACAAUGACAUUAAACUACAGUUUGUUUGCCUGCUUUCUUGGUGCAGCUGGUUGGAGAGCAUGUUAGGCUCUGCGUCUGCUGAACAAGAAUGAUCUGACUUGGUUCGGUGCCCCUUUCACCUAAAACUCCUUUUGAAGUUCCUUGUCUCCUUCUCUGCUCUGUCUCCUUUAGGAAAAGGGGUAACCUCCUCCCUCUGUGUUGGCCUUCUUUCACCGUUUUUAACCUGUUUUGAAGUAAAGAUAUUCCUGAUGGCUGUUCUGAAAAUGACCUCUCCAAAAAUCUGUACAUUUAUCCUUUUGUAGGCUACUAACAGAAGAUGUGACAACAGUGUUGUACUUUAUCGUUAAUGUGCUGGGAUGUGCGUGUCCAGUGAUGAAGACUUGACUGAAAGCCGCAAGCGUGUUAAGGUACAGGGAAUGACUGCAACUACAGGCUGUUCUCAUGUUCCAUAUGUUGGACAGCUUGGAGGGGAGCAGAAAGCACAAAUUUUCACUCCCAGUUGUAAAACUCAGCCCAACUUUAUCAAUAUGGGAAUGCCCAAUAGGGGCCUGUGUGAGGAGGUUAAAUGGUAACUCCACUGAUGUUUCAAAAUGUCGGUGUAAAUCAAUCACUGAAAUGUAAACAUACUCGGAGUGGUUUGAUGUGAAGUGGUCUGUUUAGAAACCUACUCGGAUUUCUUUACAGUGGUGCUGAUGGGAGUCGGGUCAUAAUAUCUACACCACAAAUACAGGCUUUUUGUUUACUUUCCAAACCACCAGUGAACAUCAGAGUUUUUAUAGCAAAAAUGUUGGAAAAAGAAUUUCUUUGGGGUCCAAUUGCCUAACGCUUGCAUGCAUGUUCCUCUCUGCUUUGCAGGUAUUUAAAUAUUUUGGCGCAAAACCUUACUGUAAAACGUCUCUGGCAUCAGGCAGCUUAUUCAUGACCAUUUUGUAUGGUUUCUUUUUAGAGGCUUUAAACUUUUGAGGCGUCCGGUUCCUAUCGCCAACAGUGUGAACAAGAACCGAGCACUUCACAGACCUCUCUGAAUUUCCGUGAUUGAAUUAGACGUUUUUGGAAUUCUCCUUGAAUGAGCAUGGCUUUUACCUCAGUGCUCCAUGCAUUUCCUUGUAGUAUAAGAUGAAUGUUGUAUGAGGUGAUAAAAAGCCUUGAUUGAAAUUUCAAUUUUUUUUUUUUUAAGUCUAGCCUAAAUCCCUCAUAUAACUGACAAUUUUCCACUACUGUAUUGUACCACGGUUUUUCCUUAUUUAAAUAGUCUUUUCUUUCACAAGCAGGUGCUGCAUAGAUUAAUAGGUUUCAGAGCUGUCCGUUUGCCUAGAAAUAACAGGAGUUACAUUGUGGGGCCAUUUUUAUCACUUUUUGCAGAAGAUCGAUAUGUCUGCGAUAUUUUUGUUACAGUAUGGAGGAUAUUAAGAUUAGUUAGCUGUAGAUUAAUAAAGGAAGUAGUUUAGUACCUCAGCUCUACAAAGCUAUGAAACUAAGCGGAUGCUUAGAGAUAGUUAAUUGGCAUUAAAUAUUACAUUGGUCAAUAUGAAAGACCGCUAUUAUUGGAUAAUUAUGGUCCGUGCUCAGGUAAUUUGCUCCACAUGAACAAUUUAGCAGUUUAGUUCACCAUUUUGCCGAUCAUGUCUCACUGUUACGUGACGGACAGAGAAGUCCAGUGAUUGGCUGCUGUGGUGUAACCAUGUCUUGAAGAAUUAAUUCACUGAAGCCAUAGACUUUGAGAAGAAGGAAAGAAAGUUGUGGUGAUGUGCUUACGACUGAAACGUUCUCAGUACUUUAACUUCUUAACGUUGUGUGCAUUGCUUCAUUUGGCAAGCAUAAUAAACAAAUCUCUAAAUAAAAUCAAUUUCAAUUUUUUUUCUUUUAUGGACCAAACUUGUUUCAGUUCGUCAACCCUUACAAUAAAGACUGUCUUGUAUUGA